AGUUGAACGCUGAACACAAAGUCUGUGAAAAGCAAACGUUUGCAUAGAUUCUCUGUUUGUGUUAUGAAAUCAGUGAUCAAUUGAUUCAAUUGAGCCCUUCUUUGCAAUCGUCUAUUAAUAACCAAAAUGGCGGACCAAUUCUUCGACAGAGAGGCUGAGCUGUCGAAUGGCAGCGAAGACGAAGAGGUGAGGAAUGAUGUCCGCAAUAAGAAGAAGUCUCGCAAUUUCGAGGACUCGGAGGAGGAGGAAGAAGAUGACGAGGAUCGCCUCAAAGAGGAGAUGAAAGACCUGAUCAAUGAUGACGACGAGGAAGAGCCGGAAGAGUCGGACGAAGAGGUGACGGGACGGAAGAGACAGCGAGAGGACGACGAUCUGGAGGAAGACCUCGAGGACGACGACUACGAUCUGAUUGAAGAGAAUUUGGGCCGAAGAAUAGAGAGGAAGAAGAAGUUCCGUCGCGUCCAACGGCUCAGCGAUGACGAGGACGAGGAGAGGCCCGUCGCUAACGAACUGAACGACAGGGAAGCGAUCGCUAACGAGCUCUUCGACAACGACGACGACACCGACAGACAGCCGACGGCCGUCCGCAGGGAUCGCAGCGAUCGCGAGGCCAUUGACGACCGGUUCGCAGAGCUCUCGGGUUCUGAACACUCGGACGACUCGGACGAAGACAACUUCAUUGUGGACGACGACGACCGUCCCAUUCGGCCCGCAGUUCGCAAACCAAAGUCCCAUCGAUUCACAGACGAAGCCCUACAACAGGCGCAGGACAUCUUCGGCGUCGACUUUGACUUCGAGGAGAUCCAGAACUUCGAUGAGUCCGGAGAUUACGACGAAGAGGGCGAGGAGGAGAUGGAUGAGUACGAGGAGGGCGACGGAGACGCCACUCAGCGGUCGGAGCGCAAGAAGACUCGCAAGAGAAGAGGCGCCCGAAAGAGUAUAUUCGAGAUCUACGAGCCCUCGGAGCUCGAGAGGAGUCAUCUGACGAAAGUGGAUAACGACAUCCGAAACGCCGACAUUCCCGAGCGCUUCCAACUGCGAGCAGUGCCCGUCAGUCCGUGCGAUGAGCAGGAACUGAUGGAUGAGGCGGAAUGGAUCCAUUUGAACGCAUUCUUCACGCCUACGAUCUCUAUUCAGGACGACUCCGGAGAGGGAAGGAACGAACCCAUCGGUGGAUCCAAACCCAAGACAGCCGUACUUAAGAUCAGAGAAGCGCUUCGAUUCAUACGAAACGAGUUAUUGGAGGUGCCGUUCAUUACUCACUACCGCAAAGAGUAUGUGGAACCGGAUCUCACUGUCAAUGACUUGUGGAUUAUCUACAAGUUUGACGAGAAGUGGUGUCAACUUCAGGCAAGAAAAGUCAAUUUGAAUCAAUUGUUCCGAAAUAUGCAAAUCUAUCAAACGGAACAACUCAUGAAAGAUAACGAUGAAGUACUUCCCGAAGGCAUCCGUCUUAUCAACGACGAGGACAUAAAUCGCGUCAAUUCUGUGACCAAUUUCGAAGAGUUGAGGGACUGUUGGGUUCACUUCCAGCUUUACUACUCGUCGGAAGUGCCGAACAUGAAGAAGGAUUUGCUUCGAAAGGAACGCCAGCGAAGGCUCGAAGAGAUUGGCACUGACGAGGACGCCGAGAAGAUUCUGGCCGAAGAGGAGGAACAGAUGAACGCGAAGCUGUCGUCCAUGAGAUUGGCGCAGCGGAAAGACACGUACACCAUCUGCAAGGAGGCCAACAUCAUAGGUCUGGUGACCAAAUUCGGUCUGACGCCCGACCAGUUCGGCGAGAACUUGAGAGACAACUACCAGCGCCACGACGUGGAACAGUAUCCGAUGGAGCCGUUAGAGGCAGCCCACGACUACGUCUGUCACCGGUUCCCGGCGCCCGAUAAGGUGCUACAGGCGGCCAACUUCAUGGUCGCCAAACAGAUCAGUUGCGAUCCCAUUGUCCGCAAGUCUAUGCGUCAGAUCUUCUUCGACAGGGCCCACCUUCACGCGCGGCCCACCAAAAAGGGCAUCAAAGAGAUCGAUGAAAACCAUCCGUGUUUUAUACACAAAUAUCUCGUCAAUAAACCCAUCAAAACCUUCGGUGGCGACCAAUUCCUGCAACUUAUGGUCGCUAAGAGCGAGGGACUCAUGGAGUUUGAGAUCACUAUCGAUCAGUUGGACAUCACCUCCGGUCUGCAGCAACCCGUCCCCAAAGCCAAGUAUUUCGAUGAAAUCCGACAGCUUUACUACAGAGAUGAGUUCAGCAUUAAUGUGCAGCAAUGGAACGCUCAAAGGGCCGGCGCUCUCGAGAUUGCUCUUAACAAGUUUCUGUACCCGAGCUUUGAAAAGGAACUCAAGACUAAGCUCAUGACUGAGGCUCAGGACGGAAUCGUAAAGAAAUGCGUGAAUCGGUUGUCCUCAUGGCUUCGUGUGGCUCCCUAUCAGUUGAGUCCAGACAUCCAACUCGAUGACGACGAAGACUUUGAUACGAGAGAAGGCAUCCGAGUGCUGGGACUGGCGUUUGUGCCGACCAAUGAUGACGCCUCGUUCGCCGCCAUCAUCGAUGGAGACGGAGAAGUGACUGAUUACCUGAAAUUGGAGUACUUUAUGCUUAGGAAGUAUGAGUGGCAGUCAGAACAGGAGAAGCACCUGAAAGAGAAAGACUACGAGAAACUCAAGAAAUUUAUUCUAAACAAAAAGCCGCACGUGAUUGGCGUCGGCUGUGACACCAUUAUCACCAGAUAUGUGAUCGAAGACAUUAAGGCUAUUAUCACAGAUCUGAACGAAACGGAACAGUUUCCUAUGAUUGCUGUCGAGUUUGUGGACAAUGAAGUUUCCAAUGUGUAUAUGAAUAGCAAGAAAGCGCUGUUAGACUUUCAUAAUUAUCCGCCACACCUUCGCAGAGCCAUAUCAAUAGCCCGAAGAUUACAGGACCCGCUCAUAGAGUUCUCGCAAUUGUGUACCGCGGAUGAGGAGAUUCUUUGCAUCAAAUACCACGCCCUUCAGGAGCACAUUCCGAAGGAUGAUCUCCUCAACAGUCUUUACCUCGAAUUCGUGAACCGAGUCAAUGAAGUGGGUGUUGACAUCAACAGAGCUAUAGUACACCCGCACACCAGUCAAUUGGUUCAAUUCAUCGGAGGUCUGGGCCCUCGGAAGGGCGCGUAUCUGAUCCGUACGCUUAAGAAGCAACAGACGCCACUUCUGGAGAACAGGACUCAAUUGGUUCAGAACUGUAAUAUCGGGAAAGUGGUGUUCAUAAACUGCGCCGGGUUUAUAAGGAUAGACACGGCAUCACUGACCGACUCGGGGACUGAUACUUACAUCGAAGUGCUCGACAGUACUCGCGUUCAUCCGGAGGCCUAUGAAUGGGCCCGAAAGAUGGCUGUCGACGCUCUGGAGUACGACGAAGACAAUGACACAAAUCCCGCGCAAGCUUUGGAGGAAAUCAUUGAAAAUCCAGAGAAACUGAAAGAUUUAGAUUUGGAUGCUUUCGCAGAGGAACUGACCCGACAGGGAAUGGGUCUCAAGACUAUCACCUUAUAUGACAUCAGAGCAGAGCUAAGCAAUCGUUAUAAAGACCAGAGACUACAGUUCCAAUCGGCGAACCCCGAAGAGAUCUUCCAGAUGUUGACGGGAGAGACACCCGAAUCCUUCUAUAACGGGAAACUAGUGAUGGGACGGGUAGUAAAGGUCGCCCGUAGGAAGCCGUUGAGCGAGCAGUUAGAUCAGGCGAACCCUGUGCGCAACGACGAGACGGGUCUCUGGAAGUGUCCCUUUUGUAAUAAAAGCGAUUUUCCGGAGUUGAGUGAAGUGUGGAACCAUUUCGACGCCGGCGCCUGUCCGGGUCAGGCCAUUGGUAUUCAAGUGAAACUAGACAAUGGACUCCAGGGUUUGAUUCAGACCCGACUCAUCAGCGAUAAGGAAGUGAUAGACCCGCUCGAGAGGGUACAGAUCGGACAGACUAUUCACUGUCGGAUACUUAAGAUUCUUGUUGAGAAGUUCUCUGUGGACCUGACGUGUCGUACGUCCGACUUAUUGGACAAUAGUUAUCAGUUUAAACCGCAGAGAGACCACAACUUCUACUAUGAGGCCGAGACUAAAGACCAAAACACCGAAGAGCAGCAUAAGAAGCGGCAAAGCCGCCGAGAAGAUGUUGGCCACACUAAAGACCAAAACACCGAAGAGCAGCAUAAGAAGCGGCAAAGCCGUCAAACUUAUGUCAAACGCAUUAUAGUUCACCCGGCGUUUCACAACAUUGAUUACAAACAGGCCGAGAAGAUGUUGGCCACGUUGGACCAGGGUGAGGCCAUCAUCAGACCUUCCAGUAAGGCCAAUGAUCACCUGACCCUCACAUGGAAAGUGCAUUCAGGAGUCCACCAACACAUCGACAUUCGCGAAGAGGGCAAAGACAACGCCUUUAGUCUCGGACACGAGUUGUAUAUAAAUAAUGAGUCGUACGAAGACUUGGAUGAAAUCAUUGCUCGUUAUGUCCAACCGAUGGCCUCCUAUGCCAGAGAUCUGACUAAUUAUAAGACAUUUAAGGAAAGCGAAGGAAAGCGCGAAGAAUUGGACCGAAUGUUGAUGGAGGAGAAGAAGAAGGCGCCCUCAAGGAUACCGUAUUUUGUGACCGCAUCUAAGGAAUAUCCAGGGAAGUUUUUGUUGUCAUAUCAGCCAAACAUGAAGUCGUUUCACGAGUACAUCACUAUUACACCCGACGGCUAUCGCUAUCGGCAGCAACCCUUCCGAUCUGUCAGUCAACUCUUCAAAUGGUUUAAACUCCACUUCAACGACAGGUCGACUUUCCCGCGAACACCAGUCGCCACUCCAUCGGUGGUGAGAACACCGGCCGGCAGUUCGUCGUUCAUCAACUCGACGGGCACUCCAAACAUCGACCCGCAGGCCAUACAACGCGCGGCCGCCUCUAUGCCCACCCAUGUGUUCAACGCUCUGUCGCAAGUGGCCGGUCAGACGCCGUCGUUUGGAGGGGCGGCCCAACAGUUCGGAAGUGGCUCUCACUCGUCGUCAAUGGGGCCGCCAUUCGGUGGUCACUCGCGUGGCUUUUACGGCCAAAGCGGCGGUUCUCAAGCGACGCCUAUUAUGACACCAAAUAUGACGACUCCUCGCAAUUAUCAGGCCAAUACCCCCGGGUCUAUGCCCCCGCCCGCUAACAUACCCUCCCACCAAAGGCCCGGAUCUCGCAGUGGACAGCAGUGGGGCUCUAUUGCCGAGGGUUGGAAUCAGAAGCCAAAAGUAAAGGACAGGACUCCGCUGUACAACACUCCCGGCGCCUCCUCCCAGAUGUCUAUCAGUCCCAACACUAACACCCCUAAUGUCAGAGGAGACCAGACACCGCUCGUCGACGAGUGGAAUUGAAACCUAUCUUUAAUUCAGUUUUUAAUAUUUUAAUCGCAAAUACUGUACUUGUUUUAGAUUUCAUUAAAUGUAUGAAUCAUUAAAAUUAUAUUCAUUAAAAAA